AUGUUCAAAGUCGUCCGAACUGCUGCUCGAGGCCUUUCUGUGUCUGCCCGAGCUUCCAUGCUCUCUCGACAGGCUGUUGUAGCUCAGAUUCCGAAGGUUUCUGUCCGAUUCGUCUCCCCCAUGGCUACUUCCAUCCAGGAAGUUUCCGAUCGCGUCUUCUACGUUCUCAGCUGCUUCGAUAAGAUCGACCAGAGCAAACUCAGCCUUGACUCUCGAUUCGAUAAGGACCUUGGACUUGACAGCUUAGACACCACCGAAAUUUGCCUUCAGAUCGAGGAAGAGUUUAUCCUUGAAAUCUCCGUCGAACAGGCCGAUUACUUGCUUACUCCACGGGAGAUGAUCGACUACAUCUGCGACCGACUCGACAUCAUCCACUAA